AAUAGAUAAAGAAAGGGAUGAUGGCCAACACCAACCAAAGCCAUCAUAUAUACAUAUAUAUAAAAAGAGACAUGUACAUUUUUCUAUUACUUUAGCUUCAAGCAUCACAACAUCACUUCAUUACCACUAGAUCAAUAGAUACACCGCAGAAGCUUCUCACAAACUCUCUCUCUAUCAAUGGCUGCUCCAAUAGCCAUAGGUACACGAGGAACUAUAGGAUCGCUUGUGCGUAAAGAAAUCGACUACUUCAAAAACUCCAAUACAUGUAAAGAAACUCAGUUCGAUCCACGGAGGGGCAAUUCCACAGCACACACCAAAAACUCUCAUCAAAGAAGAGAUCUCUCAUCAUCACGGCUAAGUUCUUGGUUCUCUAAAGCCAAUUGGAGAAAGAAGAAGCGGCAGAGUCGUGGUGGCAGUGGCAAGUUUUUGCCGAGUAUGUGUUCGGUUGUGGAGGUUUCCGGUGAGGAUCGAGUUCCCGGUUUCAGCUAUAAGAUCUUGAAGAGUGAUCACGACAAGGGUUUGCGUGUGUAGAGGAGUAAAUUAUUUAUUGUGGAAUUACGGUAAAGAGAUCUUUAUAAACAUAAUUUUUAUUUUUGUAAUAUUCAAAUUUAAAUUAUGUGUGAAUUUGUUACAUCUUUUAAUGUCAAUGAGCAUAUAUUCGAACU